AGUUCGGACAACGUUAACUGAACUACUCUUUUUCUUCUUCGUGUCCUUCUCUUUUCAAAUCCCCGCGUUGGAUGUAUUUUCUCUCCCAUCAUGUUGACUCCGGGGCUCCCUCGACGUGAGGGAUGCUCGCGGCACGUCGCCUGCCGUCGGUGAUGAAGACACGCGGCGCACAAACCUGUGGACAGCAUGAUACGAUAUUUUGACACAACCGCUACAUUGCUUUUUUGUGUUGUUGUUGUUGGUGUCACGCUCCAUUGCGCAUGCCCAGCGGUGUGGACACGGAACGCUGCCCGACGCACACCUCGCUCCGUCCCGGCCGUGAUGUAGGAGCGCGAGUGAAGAGUGGGGAGCGGAGGACCGACUGGAACAUGAGUGGCGGCGUGGCCACCAAAGGGUUGGACUUGGGAUCCUUGGCGAACUAGCUCGUGCCCGUAAACCGAAGAAUGUCGGGCUCGCCCCCCGGCGCAGUGGCUGAAGGGGUAGUCGUCUCCAAAGUGAAAGUGAAGAAGGAGAUCAAGACAAUCGUGGAGAAUUUGGAAACCAUCCUCGGAGACCUCAGGGAUGUAGCCAAAGAGCUCAAAGAGGUCGUUCACGACAUCGACGCCCUGACCGGAGACCUGCAGCUGGAGGAGGACGGGCUCACCGACAGCUCCAAGACGGACACGCUCAACUCCAGCUCGAGCUCCACCACCACCACCACCACCACCGCCUCCAGCCUGGAGAAGAUGAAGCUCUUCCCCGACGACUGCGUCUUCAGACCCCUCGCCCUCAUGGAGCCGGUCCCUUUCAAUCCUCUCGCGUUCCUGACUGUGUACAAGAAGCCCCACCCUCCCCCACCGCCGCCCAGGCACACCGCGCCGAGGGCCGAGGAUCACAAGAAUCUGCCUCAUCCGACGUUCGUGUUAUCAGGGAACAUCUCCAAGGCCACGGGGUCUCUGAUGAGGAACGGCAGGGUUUUCCCAAACAGGGAUUUCUUCUCCUCUUUGCCGUGUUUCAUUUCCAAUGACGGCGGAGCCCCCGAGUCGGGCCUCGUGCCCACGUUGCCCAGGCCCAUGCCCCUCCUCCGCCACGAAAAGAACAGAUGCCCCAAGGCCCGCGAGAGGGAGCGCGUCCGCUUCAGCGACACGGUCCAGUACCACGGGUACUGCCAGGACUGCGACCUCCAGUACGACGUCGACGACACGGAGCUACACUUCCAGGCUGAGCUGAACGACCUACGGCUCAGCCCGCUGCAUUGCUGCUCUUCCUCCGCCUCGCCUCCUCUUCCUCAUCGACUCAUGUUGGAAAACGGCGGCCUCUCGGCCAGCCACAGUUUCCCGCCGACAGCAAACCCACCUCCACCGUGUGUGCCUCCUCCCCCGUCCUCCCUCAAGCCCCAGAAAACUAUCCUACGCAAAUCAACCACCACCACGGUUUGACGCCGAACACCCUCCCCCAGUCCCCCUCUCUCUCCCCCUGCCUUCCUCGUUCUGUCUGACUUCAACAUUCUUGAAUCAUUCAUAGUGUUUUUCUACUUUAUGAGUGCUUUUCUACCCCAAUUGAAUUUUGGAUUAUCCAAGCAGAGAGAGGAGGAGGAGUUGGCCAAAGGACGGAUUAAGUGAGAGGAAAGGGCACGGCCACGGGCGCCGAGACGGACACAGGGAGAUCAGGAAAGAAGCGGGCCCAUCGAGGUACUUGAGAUACGAGUGGAAGCCUG